GCGAGUCCGAUAUGGCGGAAUGGAAACACACUCCGUCGGCUCCGUCUUCAGCCAGCAUGACCUCGCUGGGUCGAGCGCUUUCUCGUAGCAAGCUCAGUCAGCCCGAUGCGUUUCAGCUGCACAAGUCUCUGAGCCGGAGCGCCGCGGGCCAGAGUCGCCGGAGGUUCUCGAGCAGCUCGGAGUCUCCUGAUAUCAGCCCAAAUGUCGAGGCGAGGGUCCUGGUCAUAAACACCGGCGGAACCAUUGGAAUGACGUAUCAUAAUAAUGUUCUGUCCCCAGAACCUAAUGCUCUCGUUGAAACUCUACGCAAACUCCCCAUUCUGCACGAUGAACAGUACGCACAACAGACCAGACUGUAUGAAUACUACAAGCCUCCGGAGAACACACUGGUGCUGCCACUGUCCAAACAGAAUAAGAGGAUUGUAUAUAGAGUCUUAGAGUACUCCCCCCUCCUCGACUCCUGCAAUAUGACCACAGAUGACUGGGCCACUAUUGGAAAAGACAUUGAGAAACACUACGAGCAAUAUGAUGGUUUUGUCAUUCUCCACGGCACAGACACAAUGGCUUACACCGCCUCUGCCUUAUCCUUCAUGUGUGAGAAUCUAGGAAAGCCUGUCAUCCUCACUGGCUCACAGGUGCCCAUCUAUGAGAUGAGGAAUGAUGGGAGGGACAACCUUUUGGGGGCGCUAUUGAUAGCAGGACAGUUUGUCAUCCCAGAGGUAUGCCUGUAUUUUCAUCAUAAGCUGUACAGGGGCAACCGUGUCACCAAAGUGGACGCUGCAAGUUUUAAUGCGUUUACCUCACCAAACCUGCCACCAUUAGCCAAUGCUGAAGUCGACAUUAAAAUUAACUGGGAUACUGUGUGGAGAGCCAAUACAACCGCCAAGUUCACUGUCAACACACAAAUGAACCGUAAUGUGGGUCUCCUGCGACUCUUCCCAGGAAUCACUGCUGAUACAGUCAGGGCCUUCUUGCAGCCUCCUAUGGACGGGAUCGUAUUGGAGACGUACGGCAGCGGUAACGCCCCUGACAACCGCGCUGACCUGCUAGAUGAGAUCCGUAAAGCUACCGAGAGAGGACUCAUCAUGAUCAACUGCACCCAGUGCCUCAGGGGCUCGGUCACAACCUCAUACGCCACUGGCCAGGCUCUGAGUGAUGCCGGUUUGGUCGCUGGGCGUGCGUGCGUGCGAGAGAGAGAGCGAGAGCGAGAGAGAGUCUUAAGAGUUCUAAGACAGGAGCUUGAAGCUAUACGAGAUGCACUGACGCCCACUCUGGUCUGUGUUGCUGCUAAGAUUGGAGACAUUGAGGCUUUAGAGGCCAUAAGGGAGAUGGGCACUGACUUGAGCAAUGCAGAUUAUGAUGGCCGCACUCCCCUUCACAUCGCUGCGUGUGAGGGCCAUCUGAAAGUGGUGGAAUAUCUGCUGGGUAAAGGGGCCACCGUCUAUGCCAGGGAUCGCUUUGGUGAUGCACCUCUUCGCAAUGCUGUUCGCUUCAGGCAUAAGGAUAUUGUGAGGCUACUGAGGAAGACUGGAGCUCACUUUUCCCGGGAAGAAAUGGAGGAUGCUGGAACGGAGUUGUGCAGUCUUGCGGCGAGUGGCGACUUGGAAGGUUUGGAGAUAUGGCAGUUAGCUGGGGUUGAUAUGACCAUGUGUAGUUAUGAUGGACAGACGCCCAUUGAAGUGGCAAGUGCCAUUGGAUGUGAGGAGGUUGUUGAGUUUUUAAAGCAGGCUACUUCAUACCAAACUCAGCAUCAGACAGAUGAGAGUAAUGAGCCAGUAUUUGAGGAGGAUGAGGAGGAGAAUGGCGAGUGUAUUGAGUUCACCGCUUGUCCAAGAUCCUGAGGAGGCCGUCUUGCUUGCUGUCACUUCUUGCCAUUAUCGUUCAUCCAGUUUUUAGCAGACCUAAUGAAGAUUUUCCUUACUUGGACACACAUCCUCUUAAAACAUAAAGAGCACAAGCCAUACCUUUUAAGCCCGUCCCUCUAAUACAGUAAGCAAUCAGUUAUGAAUGUAUCGUGAUGAUGAACAAUCAUAAAACAAGCAUACAUACUAUUUAUGUACAAGCACAUUAUUCAGACUAUAUUACAGUACAGGGUACUGUAACUGCUGAUAUCAAACAAUAUGAUGCGCCUUCAUUUGAAUAAGAUAUAUUUAUUGUUUAGCUUUAGAAUGAAUUGAGAUAUUUGGAGCUGUCAGGACUAAUGGCUGUUAUGUGUUCAUCCGGUGUUCUUCAUGUGUUCAAUUUUUAUUUUAUUUCACCUCAGAAAAGGUUUCAAUCAAAUUGUUCUAUUGUUCCAUUUUUAAUUGUUAUAGCAAUAAGAAUACAAAAGCAUGUUUAUGCAAAUGAACAUGCAAAUGAACACAUACCUGUACUGUCUUUUUGUAGUGUCAUUGUGACAUUAAAAGGCAAUAAAUGUUUUGUUGCAAAAAAUGUAAAAAAAAAAUGAUCUUGUGCAAAGAGAAAAUGACAAGUGUUCAAAAAUACAUACAUAUCACAUCAUAACAUACUGAGCAAAGUAAAGUUAUGAAGUGAGUCAAUUAAGAUAUGUACAGUGGG